UGGACAAAACCAUGCCAGAGUGGAUCAACGAAUCCUUCCUAAAAGCUAUUCUUCAAGGAGGAGAAGGUCAGGAGAACAAUGUAUCAAUCAUCAAGUUCUCCGUCGGCCCAGCCGUCACUCCCGGUAACAACUUCUUCAGUUGCAUCUACAGGGUCCAAAUACAGUAUACAGUCAGCAACUCACAAUCUGUGCGCGCAUUGUCACUCAUCGUGAAGAGCCCAAUCACAGAAGGAUACUUUGCUACGUUAUCUAAGAAAGGAAACUACUUUGAGAAAGAAAUGAAAGUGUACAAUGAAUUACUUCCAAGACUUAAUGAUAAGUUGAAGUUCGAAUUUGCUCCAAAGCCAUUUAAAGGCCCGAAUGAUAGUGACCUAGUACUUAAAGAUCUCCUGGAAGAUGGUUAUAAAGUAAUGGAUAAGUAUAAAAGGCUUGAUUUCUCGUACUGUAAAAGUGUGAUGGUCAACCUAGCGAAGUUUCAUGCUGCCUCUGUGUCCUUGCAUCAUGAGGACCCGACUUGUGUCGAGGACGUCGGGAAGGAGGCUGCAAUUAACGAAAACACGAUUAAUGAUGAGAAACCUAUAUUGGAGUAUUGUGUAAAAGCUGUUGCAAGGAUCGCGAGAGAAACUUAUGGACAUGAAGAUCUUUCUGAGUUCCUCCUCAGCAAACUCGAGAACCUUUGGGAGUCCAUUGUUAAAAUUUACAGCCACAAAGAUGGACAACUGAAAGUACUAAACCAUGGAGAUAUGUGGAUCAAUAAUAUCCUGUUCAAAACUGGCGAUUUAGGAGAAGUGGCCGAUGUAAAGUUCAUAGACUUUCAACUCUCAAGGUACGGUUCCCCAGUGCUCGAUCUUCUUUACUUUUUCUGGACCAGUGCUGAUCAAGAAGUCAGGGAAUGCAAGCUCCAAGACCUUUGCAAAAUUUAUCUUCAGACAUUGAACAGUUCAUUGAAGGAUCUCGGCUGUGUGGAGAGAUUGACUUUAGAAGAACUCAAUCACUGUUUCAAGUCAGCCAGUGAUUUGUUCGUACUCAUCCUGUGUCAGCUGACGCCAGGAAUGUUUUCUGACCCGGAGAAUACGUUUGCUCUGGCAGAAGUGAACAAUCCCUUUGACGAAUCUUCAAGUCUAGAGUCAAACGAAUUCUUUGAAUCAAGGUUAAAAGGAAAAUAUUUCUGGACUCUAUUUCCAAUAAUUAUAAGGCAGUUUCAAAACUGGGUGCUGAACAUGUAGAUUUAAGUUAAGUUAAGUGUUAAGUUCUGUAUAUGAUGGCAAAAGUACUGUAAAUUCCAUUAGAUACCUUUGUAAAAAAGUGUUGAUUUAUUUACUAUUUUUUGCAUCAGAAGUCACACCACUUGUUCCCCCUUGAUCAAGGUAAUUCCCAAGAACAACAUUUAAGGGGCAAUAUCCAAAAAAACUACUGUGGACGCUCUGGAUUCCCGAUAUAUUGAAAAUC